GCGAGAGAAGUCCGUGACGUGGCAAAGCCCCAUUACAGCAUCGUUUCCGACGACCUAUUUUUGGCGAGCGUGGCUGGUUUGCCCGAGAGCCGAUGCUGUCGCUCAACACGUAUGGCCUCGCGCGGCCGUCGCUCAACCAGGCGAGCAGCGUGCACUUGCCGCGGCUCCAGGCGUCGCCACACCAUAGCAAUGCGGCGGCGUCCGUCGGCAAGCUCGCGCAGCAGCGCCGCAACAUCCAUCCGCUCUUCCAGACCAGCGGGUCCGUGGUCAUUCGUGACAACCCAGUUGGAUAGAUUUGUAGCUUUGACUACGGCCGCGUCGUCGAUUUCCAGGACCUGGGGCUGCAUCUGAGCCCCGUGAAGCGGCCGUUGGCCAAGCACAUGGACUUUACGAGCACGUUCAUCGAAGGCCCGUUCACCGACUCGAGCCUCGGGUCGCUCGACAUGAAAAAGAAGCGGCUGGUGCUGAGCGACCGACUCCAAGCCGAGCGCAAGGUUCGCACAAAGGACAAAUACGACGAAAAGCAGCUGCAAUUGAGCUUUAAGCGCGAGAUUCGCCGCGAGCUCCGGGAAAAGCGGCGGCUGGAGAUGCUCGAGCAAGCGGCGGCAGCGACAACGAUCCAGCGCUAUGCACGCGGCAUGCUCACACGCAAUCGCUUGUGGCGACAACACCUCGCGGUCCAGAACGCCGCGGCCACGCGCAUUCAAGGAUUUUGCCGGUCCCACAUGCAAAUCUUUGACGCCAAGUGCCAGCUCCAGCGCAUCAAACAACGGCGCUGGGACGACGCCGCCGCCGUCAUCCAGCGGCGCGUUCGGUCGUUUCUGCAGCGGCAAGCCGCCAAACGAGAGCUUGCGCGCCGCCGGAAAGCUCGCGACGACCGCCGUCAAGAAAUGCUGCUGCGGGCCGACCGCGUGCGAGCUGCCGCCGCGACAACGAUUCAAAAAAUCAUACGUGGCAUCCUCGUGCGUCGACACGUGCAAGCAAAGAAGCUACUGCACGACCGGUCUCGCAUCUCGCUCUCCCGCGAACAACGGGACGCUGCCAAGAAGCCAGCAAAAGCCAAGGCGCCACCCCGUCUCGCACCAAAACCGCCCAAGAAACGCGGGGUGCGCAACGACGGCAUGUACGCGCGUCGCGUCUCGUCGAGCGAGACGCUGCCGACCGAGUAGCCACCAUCGACGCUUCUACGAUCGCUGAUUGAGCGCCGCGUACGCCGCGUGAAACUAGCAAUAAAUAAUUGUCUUUGUGUUGAACUUGAC